CACCACUAAGAGAGGAUGAUCUCGUGCGACAGCAAGGCAGCAAGGCAGCAGGACGGCACGGCGGAUGGCACGCAGACCGCCUACCCAACGCGGCCCGCGGCUUAUGCAGGAAGGGGAGCGGGUUCGCUGCUUUUGGUUUUGCUGCCCAGCACCGCACCGGCAACCACCGAACCACCAACUUAUUACUAUUACACCAAGACCAGAUCAUCAAUCCCCUCCUCCUCCGUUCCCCCCUUAUUCUUCCCUCGCUCCCUUCUCCCCUCCUCCUCCUCCUCCUCCUUCUCUUCCUUCAUUGCCUUCUUUGCGAUCCUUUUACCGACCUCGGGACCUUCCCCUCCCCCUUGUCUCCUGGGGUAUGCCUAGAGGUGGAUCUCUUUUCCCCGGACCUCCUUGUUAUUGUGGUCGGCCGACACCCGGAUGAGGCUCGACCUUCCAUCUGUACCAACAAUCCGCUGUUGGUGGUAACUGGUUCUUUGACUAGUUCCUGCUCUUUCAUCGCGGGCCUGGUACCGGUCUGGAGCUUGACCCGGAGAUCCGCUGGUCUUUCCCCGUGCCCUUGAGCGACC